UUGGCCGUGGAGAGCAGGUAUAAACAUAUCCUUGGCUUGGGCUUCGAUUGAAUCCUCUGCUCUCUCAGGUGGUUCUGCUGGUUGUCACCAGGUUCUUACAUUGCGUAGGAGAGGUUGGUAGACGCCACCGUCUGUAUUGAUCACUGCAGGAACCAGCCUCGCGUCCUUGGUCAUUGCAGGAGAUCUUUGGACCCACAGGUCAUGGCUAUGACGAGGGCUUCUGUGUCUCUGUAAGGCCCAUCUGUGCCGGCUCCUGGAGUCUGUAGGCGAAUUUGUUGGGCCUUUCAGCGGGUUGGCGUAAGCAAAGUGGAAUCCAGAAAGGAUCUGCUGAAAGACAUUACGAACAGCAAGGAAGAAGUGACAGAUGUCAUGGCAGGGGACGAAAACUUGCCCGAAAAAGUCGGCGACACUAAUGGAUCUUGCGAGAGAACUGACUCGAAGGAGCACACGGUAUCCCCACAUGGUGGGCAGGACAGCACAAAACUGCAUAAUCAGGACCCUAAUUACAAACCCUGUUGGGUGGCGGAGAACGGCAUCUGUGAAAGAGACCCGGGAGACCUCCGACAACACCCGCUGAAAAUAAACAGUCCCAUGCAGACUUCUGUGGUGGGGAGCAAUGGAUAUAUAUUAAACAAAUCUGUUGGCCAUCAACAGCAAUUACGGACCUCAAGCUCCUCUCCGCUAAGCGGCCACGCUGCAAAGACUCUUCCCGGAGCUGCCCUCAAGACUAAAGCGGCCUCCAAUGUAUAUGUACCCACAGCCCCUUCUCCCCCUCAGGUGGGAGACCAAGUUCAAGACGAGAGCCCAAAGCUAACGGAUUCUUCUGUGUCCGACUCGAAAAUUCACAGGGCGCGGAAAACCCUGCCAAGGUCCCCCUGCAGUUCGCCUGUACAUAAGGAUUCCAGUGAGUCGUCAGAGCAGAUGGAAAGCAUGGAAGACUCUGCUGCCAAAAACGGUUUGGAGAGUGGGAAUCAGUUGCCCGUACAUCAGUCCAGCACAACACAAGAGCUUCUACCUCAGGGUCAGAGCUGUGUCUCGUCAGCAAAGCCGCAGUCAGCUUCUGCGGCAUCUCGGAAAAAGAAGCGACGGAUGGGAACGUACAGUCUGGUCCCGAAAAAGAAGACCAAAAUAUUGAAGCAGAGAACGGUCCUGGAGAUGUUCAAGAACAUGUCAAAUUCAUCUUCGAGUCCAAAGAGCGACAGGGAUUCUGAGGCUCCUCACAUGAAUGGAGAAAACGUAGACAUGGAUUCAGAAGAGGAAUACUCCGAGGAGCCGGAGGAAGAGGAUUAUAACAGUGGGGAACAAAGUGUCUCUGAAAACCAAGAGGACGACAGUGCUUCCAAAGACGUCACAGCGGAGACCGACAGCCUGAAGAAGGUGGAUGACAUGGAAUCUGAAGUGGAUGAGGAGGCUGAGUCCAUGGAGUCCCAAGAGGAAGAGGAGGAAGAAGAUGAUGAUGAAUCAGAUUUAAGCUCAGAAUCCAGUUUACAGAGGAAGAAUCAGAAAAAGGAAAAAGGCCAUGCCGAUAGUCCGUGGAUGAAAAAGAACGAGAGGACGAAAGGGCAAAGCGAAACAAAGCCUAACCCACCCCUUGCUGGUGAAGGUGACGUCCAGGACACCAACACAGAGUACACGGAAGUGUCGCUUGACUCUCUGGACCUGCAAGUGAAAGAGAUCCUGUCUCCCCAGUCUAAAGGUCUUUCUAAUGGGUCCGAAACUACAGAGGUUGAUGGUCUUCAAGGAAUCCCCCUUUGUAGCUGCCGAAUGGAAACUCCCAAAGAGGACGAAGUGACCGCUACGGCUGAAGAUCGCUGCAUGGCCGUCGAGAGCACAGACCAAGAGCUGAGCCGGUGUACGACAGAGGUCAUCAAGUAUGAGCUGAUGAGACCGUCUAAUAAAGUGCACCAUCUGGUACUGUGCGAGGACCACAGGGGCAAGAUGGUGAAGCACCAGUGUUGUCCUGGAUGUGGAUACUUCUGCACAGCGGGCACGUUCAUGGAGUGCCAGCCUGAAACCAGCAUCUCUCACAGAUUCCAUAAGCCUUGCGCCACUCAAGUCAACAAUGCCAGCUACUGUCCACACUGCGGGGAAGAGAUUUCCAAGGCUAAAGAGGUCACCAUCGCGAAAGCAGAUACCACUUCUACUGUGUGUACUGUGGCCGAUGCUCCCACAGAAGACGUCCCGACUGAGGGUCAAGCGGACACUACAACAGAGAGUGAUUUCACAGCCCAGAAAGCAGCAGAUGAUUCAAAGACAGACGUGCCCGCUCCUCAGUCCUGCGAAGUCUCAGAAGCUCACGCCGCGGGGAAAUCUCCGGUCUUGUCUCAGGGACCUGUGAAGGAGACUCUGGAGAGUGCUUUACUUGCACUGGACUCAGAAAAAGACAAUGUCUCCUCUAUUUCUAGGCCUAAGAAACUUCGCUUCCAUCCCAAGCAGCUGUAUUUCUCUGCAAGACAAGGCGAACUGCAGAAAGUGUUGAUGAUGCUUGUGGAUGGUAUCGACCCCAACUUUAAGAUGGAGCAGCAUGGUAGGAGGACCCCUUUGCAUGCUGCAGCAGAGAUGGGACACACUGACAUCUGCCACUUGCUUGUUCAGGCCGGAGCAAACCUGGAUAACUGCUCUGAGGAUCAGCGGACUCCAUUGAUGGAUGCGGCCGAGAACAAUCACCUGGAGACUGCGAAGUAUCUGGUAAAGGCCGGAGCUUUGCUGGACCCCAAGGACGCCGAAGGCUCCACCGGUUUGCAUUUGGCUGCAAAGAAAGGUCACUACGACAUGGUGAAGUACCUGCUCACCAGCGAUCAAAUGGAUGUCAGCUGCCAGGAUGAUGGAGGCUGGACCCCAAUGAUUUGGGCUACAGAAUACAAGCACGUGGAGCUAGUUAAGCUGUUACAUUCCAGUGGAGCUGACCUCAACGUCCGGGAUAAUGAGGAGAACAUUUGCCUGCACUGGGCAGCGUUUGCAGGAUCUGUUGAAAUUGCCGAGAUCCUUCUGGCCUCAAAAUGUGACCUCAAAGCUGUCAACAUACAUGGAGACUCCCCUCUUCACAUCGCUGCGCGGGAGAACCGAUAUGAAUGUGUCACGCUCUUCUUGGACCACGGCGCUGAGGUUAGCCUAAAAAACAAGGAGGGGGAAACCCCGCUGGAGUGCUGCAGCCCGAACUCUCAAGUCUGGACGGUGCUCAAGAAGAGCAGUAAUUCAUCUGAGAAGUCAAAGCAAGAGGAGGUUGUGAUGAAUAGGGACAUAUCCAGGGGCUACGAGAAUGUCCCCAUACCCUGCAUCAAUGGCGAAGACUCUGAAUCUUGCCCCAUCAAUUACAAGUAUGUCUCCCAGAACUGCGUGACCUCCCCGCUCAACGUGGACCGAAAUAUUACCCAUCUUCAAUACUGUGUGUGUAUAGACGACUGUUCCUCUAGUAACUGUAUGUGCAGCCAGCUGAGCAUGAGGUGUUGGUAUGAUAAGAGCGGGCGCCUUUUACCAGAAUUCAACAUGCUGGAACCGCCGCUUAUUUUUGAAUGUAACCACGCCUGCUCCUGCUGGAGGAACUGUCGCAACCGAGUGGUGCAGAAUGGAUUGAAAGUAAGAUUACAGAUGUUCCGGACCAAAAAUAUGGGCUGGGGAGUGCGGUCGCUGCAGGAGAUUCCCAUGGGGACAUUUGUGUGCGAGUACGCAGGAGAGUUAAUUUCGGAUACGGAGGCAGAUGUGCGGGAGGAGGAUACCUAUCUCUUUGAUCUGGACAAUAAGGACGGAGAGGUUUAUUGCAUUGACGCCCGAUUCUACGGCAACAUCAGUCGUUUCAUCAACCACCUCUGCGAGCCCAACCUGCUUCCCGUCCGGGUGUUCAUGUCCCAUCAAGACCUGCGUUUCCCCCGCAUUGCUUUUUUUAGCAGUAGACAGAUCCACGCAGGAGAACAAAUUGGUUUUGAUUAUGGCGACCGUUUCUGGGACAUUAAGAGCAAGCUCUUCAGCUGCUGCUGUGGCUCCCCCAAGUGCAAGCACCCAGUGAUGAAAGUCACCCCCCAGUGCCAGCCAGCAACACCCACAGAAGUACCACAAGAGAAUGGUCUGCCAGACACCAGUUCCACCACCACACACAGCCUUUGCUGAGAAGAUAUGGACACCGUUAAUUGUCGCGCCCCCCCCCCCCCCUUUCCCCUUUCCCCUUUCCACCUCCAUUUGUGUAAAACCGUAGAAGGGGCUCCGAUUCCUGGGCAAGGUUCCCCAUUCUGUAAAUCAAGCUGGAUGUGAUUGACCUGACUGUGGAGUCUUCUGAAUACUGGUCCAUCAGAGACGUCUCGUGGACUCCUUCACUUUUUUUUUUUUUCAUUUUCCAAGCAUUCACAGACUAAGGUGAACCCCUUCCUUGCCCAAGUGUGGCUUUGGCAGACAUGGAGUUACCAAGUGAAAAGUAUUUUUACCCCCCCUCCCCAGGGGGAAAAGCAUCGUAUUACACUCUUGUCACUCAAGUCGAACACGUGUCUUGUCCGGGCGUGCCGCCACCACGGGCCAAGUAGACAUCGACCAGUGAAAGAAAACAGGUUCCAGCCCCUGUCCUUCCUUCCUGAACAAACCAGUGACCAAGGCCCAAAGGCAAAUGGUGGAGAAUACGGCACAGUCAUAGUCAAUGCACCCACGGAUGUGUAUUUAAAGGGGAAUACUUUCUUUUAUUUAUAUGUCUUAAAGAUUUAGAGAUUUGACGAAAGGUCUUUUUUUCCCCCCCCCCCCCCCAGAAACGGCGCCGCUCAUGUCCGUAGACUAGUAUUACAGGUUAACCCUAUCUGGGAUCUGCAUUUUCCCGUGACAAGAGUGGCAGUGGAAAAUGCAGAUCCCAGAAAAAAAAAAUCCCUUAAAGAGGACCUUUUAAUGCAAUUUUAUUAAGGGAGAUAUAUACCUGUACUUGCGGAGUGCCACCCUGGAUUUCUCCCGCUCAGUAUGCUCAUGAGGAGGAGACUGCGUCUUUCUCUAUGGACGUCUCCUUCUCCCUGACGCCCUGCGCUGCGAUUGGACAGCGCUACAGCCUAGGAGAAGGAGACGUCCACAGAGAAAGACGCAGUCUCCUCCUCAUGAGCAUACUGAGCGGGAGAAAUCCAGCGUGGCACUCCGCAAGUACAGGUAUAUAUCUCCCUUAAUAAAAUUGCAUGAAAGGUUCUCUUUAAGGUAUGGCAAACAUGAUUUAGGUGAGGUGCCCAGAUCUCAGAGUGAAGAGGGCACCAGUCUGCAAAGGGACCUUGCACGAAUUUAAGGGUAAGUCCAAACGUGGCAGAUUCUUCUAACAGAAAUCCUCAGCGAAGCCACUACAAAAUUGACAUAUGACCGUGGAUUUCACCUCUACUACACUGAAAAGGGUUAAAUCGGCAACAUAAAUUGCCAUAUCGUGGAAUCCGCGCUACAGAGUUUUGUUUUUUUUAAAACCUCAUCUACGUGCCUGGUACAGACAAGCGGUUGUCUCUCUGUAUGGCCUGAUUGUGUUUCGUACAAGGUUAGUGCAACAGCUCCACUCUGCUCCGCAGGUUAUGUUCAGUAUUGCAGCUCAGCCCUAUCCAUCUAAAAUAGGUGGGGCUGCAAUACCAGACCCACCCAUUGGACAAGAGAGGCACUGUUUCUUGAGAAAAAAAAAUAUACCCUUUUUCUUAUCUCCAGCCAAACCUUUUCAAAGGGGUUAUGCCAAGUAUGAAAGUUACCCCCUAUCCACAUGGAGCAGCAGGCCGAGCAUGCGCCCUGCCACUGUACUCUGCUGUCUCCGGCAGUUAGAGAAUGGAUUGGCAGUGCACAUGCUCGGCCUGCUGGAGGGGACCGUGGGACUCCCACCGAUCAAUUAGUUAUCUCCUAACUUGUCUAGGGGGAAUAACGUUUAUAUUUGGCAAAACCCCUUUAAAUGGCUGAUCCUGACUUUACCUAUGACGCUGACCCCCCUCAUUCCCCUCAAAGUUUGGGGGGGGUGGUCUGACUCGUGCAUGUUUUGUAAGCAGACAGUAUUCUCGCCUGUAAGAAGGCGCACGACCUAUAUCUAUAACCUAUAGGUUAUAACGUGAAAGACAAGGGUUUCCCAUGCCAAGGAGUCGAUGCCAGUCUGUGUGCAGUUCAUAAAGAGUUAAUGUAUAAGCUGUGUGUGCGCCCAGUGAGUUACCCCCUUGGAGGAAUUAGGUGGCGGCUGCUUCCUCCUCACAUGUACUGGUCAUAGACUGUAAGGCCCUAACACAUGGCGGCAAAACGGAUCUGCCUAAAAGAAACACUGAACAUUUCAUUUCCUUGAGCGAUUUCUACCAGUGGCAAGUGGAACGUCUUGUGUUUUCCACGCGAUCAGUUCCUACGUGAUCUUUUUACGACAAAAAAAAAAAAAGUUUGAAGUUCCAGAAAUAAAAGGUGCUGAAUAUCCCCCCCCCCCUCCUCCUCCAAUUUCUAUACUGAACAGAUACCCUAUCAACUGUACCAUAAAGAAUUCUGAUUUUAGGAGAAAUUGCCAGAAGCAGAACUUUUUUUAAGAAAAAAAAUUACAAAAAAAAUGUUAGCAAAACCGUAGUGUGAAUAAAAUUCUUUUUGUAUUUUAUGUUGGUUUUUUCCAUUUUUUUGUUUUUAUUUUUUUUGUUUGUUUUUCUUUCCUUUUAAAAUAAUAAAACGCAUUAAAACACACAACCUGCCAUUUUCGGUGGAUUUUAAUUUGUCAUUUUUUUUUAGGUUGUCAUUAGUGCAGCUACCAGUUUUUUUUUUUUUUGUUUUUUUUUUUUUUUUCCUGUUUUAUCAUGAAAUGUAAGUGCCCCCCCUCCCCCCAUUGCCAACAGUUUAGUCUUCGUUUCCUGUUUUUGUUUUCAGUAAAACAAUAAAAUGCUUUAAAUCC